CAACCUAAAAACUUAUAACUAAUCCAUAAAAGUAAGCUUGACACCAGAAUACAAUACUCCCUACUCCGACAAUUGUUCAGUAUCUCCGGUCAUGGCUAUGUAUAGAGUAGCAAGUGCUUCGGAGUAUCUGGUGAUUACCAGAUUCGGGAUCGACGACAUCAAAAUCGCAAAGAAAGCAUGGAUACUUCCCGGCCAGUCCUGCUCCCGAUUCGACAUCUCUCCGGUCAACUACACUUUCGAUGUUCAGGCCAUGAGCGCCGAGAAACUCCCCUUCAAACUUCCCGCCGUAUUCACCAUCGGUCCUCGUAUCGACGACGACGACAGUCUCCACAAAUACGCCAAACUCAUCGCCUCUCACGAUAAACAAUCGCACCAUGUGAUUGAGCUCGUGAAGGGGAUCAUCGAAGGGGAGACCCGUGUCCUCGCUGCGUCCAUGACCAUGGAAGAAAUUUUCAAAGGAACGGAGGAUUUUAAGAAGGAGGUGUUCGAUAAGGUCCAAUUGGAACUUAAUCAGUUCGGAUUGUUGAUCUACAAUGCCAAUGUGAAGCAGAUGGUCGACGAACCUGGACAAGAGUAUUUUUCAUAUUUAGGGCAAAAAAUCCAACAAGAAGCUGCAAAUCAAGCUAAGAUUGAUGUUUCUGAAGCCAAGAUGAAGGGUGAAUUUGGAUCCAAGCUUCGCCAAGGCCAGACGCUUCAGAAUGCAGCGAAGAUAGACGCAGAGACGAAGAUCAUAGCGACACAGAGACAAGGACAGGGGAAGAAGGAAGAGAUAAAGGUGCAAACGGAGGUGAAGGUGUUCGAGAACCAGAGGGAGGCUGAAGUGGCUGAAGCAAAUGCAGAGCUCGCGAUGAAGAAGGCAAAGAGGGCCAAGGAUUCACAGGUUGUAGAGCUGGAGUCGAAAAAGGUGGUGGCGCUCCGGGAGGCGGAGCUGCAGAAGGAGGUUGAGAUCAUGAACACGUUGACUCAGACGGAGAAACUCAAGGCUGAGUUCUUGAGCAAAGCUAGCGUUGAUUAUGAAACCAAGGUACAAGAGGCGAAUUGGGAGCUUUACAGAAAGCAGAAGUGA